GAUAUUGACACGUAACCGAAAUACGCGAAUUUAAACUUGCGUUUUCAGUCUUCAGUCUUCUAGAGAAGCUAACGAAGUAUUAUAAUAAAAUGUAUAAAAGAGGAAAUGAGACUCAAGAGAUAAACCAAAAAUACGCUUUGCAGUGUUUUAAUGAAGCAAAAGAUGCUUUAAAGAAUAACGAGCUUGCAAAAGCACAAGAACUACUUACGAAAGUUUGUUAAAUAAUUAUUUUUAUCUUUUGAUUUAUUCUUGUCUAAUUAAUUCGGUUUUAAUUUUUUAACUCAAGGCAAUUAAUUUGGUACCGACUUGUAUCCCAUUCUACGACUAUCGCGCCUCAACGUUGGAAAAACUUGGCCAAUUAGAUGAUGCAUUACGAGACGCGUUGUCCAUGAUUAAAUUGGACAAAACUGCAGUAAAAGCUUAUCUUCGUACUGGCAAAGUUUAUAGAUUACUGAAUCAGGCAGAUAAGGCAAUCAAAAUUUACAAUAUUGGAUUAUCACAUGUUAAAAUCAAAGACCAAUAUUAUAAGUUGCUACAAAAACAGAGUGAAGAAUUACAAAACAAAUUUCUUAAGUCUGAUUCCUCUAAAACAUGUGACAUGAUGCGCUUUCUUCCGCCCGAACUUAGAGAUGAUGUUUUGAAGAGACUUCCGUUUGCAAGUCUUUGCAAAGCUACAGCCGUGUCCAAAACUUGGCGGAAUUAUAUCCUUUCGUCAGAAGUUUUAUGGCGUGAUAUAAAUUUUGAGAGACCACUUCGUAAUACUAAUGCUCUUGAUGACCAGACAAUCCGCGUUUACGCUAAACGAGGUGGAAGACGCCUUAGAAAAUUGAUUUGUGGUGAUUCUCCAAAAGUAACAGAUAAAGCAUUGUUGGCUCUUAGAGAAAUUCCGUGUGACCGCUUACAGUGCAUAAUUCUGUCAGACUCAAAUAUUUCUGAUGAGAACAUAAGAGCGUUUGUCAAGACGAUUGGUUUAAAUUUGAAUACAAUUGAUUUUUCAAAAUCGGACAUCACUAAUAUGACAUUAUCUGUCAUAUUAUCGAGAUGUAGGCACCUGGAAUCUUUAAAUCUAUCGUUCUGUAAUAGUCUAACCACAGAGGCGUUCAAUCCAGCAAUUGUGGAUAAUAAGGCUUCAAAACUGAAUGAUAUCAACUUACAAUGUUGUGACCAAGUAAUGGGAAAUGUGAUCGAUUAUUUUAAUAUCUUAUUUCCGAAGCUUGUUCGACUUGAUUUAGCUGGAAUUAGUGGAUUAACCACCAAGUCUUUGGAUAAUAUGAAAAAUUUUGUAAGUUUGAAAUUCUUACGGAUAAGAGGUGAUUUACCGACGGAAGAAUAUCUUACAUUAGAUGAUGCUUUUGAGACAUUUGCUAGAAAUUGCAUACAUUUAUGCACCUUUAGCUUGAAUGAAUGUCAAAGUUUAACGGACAGUUGUAUCCGAAAACUGGUUCAAUCAUGCAGUAAAUUGAAAGAACUCGACAUUAUGUCGAAUAAUUAUUUGACGGAUGUGACAAUGCAACUUAUUGGAAAUUACUGCAAACAGUUAAGGGUACUAUAUAUUGGAAAAUCUCCAGGAAUUACCGAUGCUGGCGUUAUAAAUGUCAUAAAGUCAGAUUGUGGGCCUUUAUUGGAAGUGAUUGAUUUACGAAGAAAUUCAAACAUUACCGAUGAAACCUUAAAAGAAAUGGGUUCGCAUUGCAGAAGUUUAAGGGAAGUUAACUUCACAUGGUGUAAAAACGUGACUGGAAGUGGUGUUGGAGCUUUGGUCAGACAAUGUGGUAGUACUUUGAAACAUUUGGUCUUGCAAGAAUGUUAUAAUGUUGCCCCUGAUGCGAUAGAAUAUGCAAGAAAGAUUCUUGGAAAAAACGGUAUUGUUAGUUAUGAGUUUCGGGGAAAGUUUUAAUUGU